AUGUCAACCCGAAGCUUUCAUGGGAAGGAUUUGUUGACAAACUUCAUGGUACAGCCGCUACUCAAUGGAGUCUAUGGUGUCUCAACUUUUCUACUCAUUAGCGGAAUUCUCACUAAUUAUAUCGCACUGUCGGUAACCAAAGGCGAUGUCAAGAAAUUCAAUGUGGUGCUAUAUAUUGUGUUACGUUUGGCCCGACUUUUGCCACAAUUAAUGAUAUUUAUAUUAUUGACAUUUUUGUUACCACUGUUGGGUUCGAGCCCUCUUUGGGCUGAAGUGGUCGGCAGUAAUGUUGACAAAUGUGAGACCAAUUGGUGGCUAAAUCUGCUUCUCAUUCAAAAUCUCUACAAAUCUGAUCAAAUGUAUUUCAGUUUCACAAUACAUAAAAUACCAGGGUCCUACAGUACCGUCUAUUUUAUGGGCACUCUAUUGGGAUCUGCAUUGUAUCGCAAAAAGUCAUUGAAUUUAAGCAAAUCAUCGCUGACUAUCGUCUGGAUUGCUAUAUUGAGUGCCUAUUGUAUCCCAUUGUGGGAUAAAAUCUACUGGAAUUACGGCCAGUCGUAUACACUUGUAGUUUUCGGCCCUUAUUUAUGUCACGCGUGGCUCAUAUGGUAUUUCAUGGGUUCGCGCCGUCAUGUGAUGGACACUCAUAUGUAUAACUCAUUGACUCUUAAGUAA